AUGUAGUAAUCUGAAUUUGAAUCUAAAUUUAAUGAAGAGAUUGAAUUUAGAGAUUUAAGAUAUUAAGAACUUAAGAUUGAAAAGACUCAAUAAGAAAAAUAACAUUUUAAUUUAUUUAGAAAUAUUGAAAAUAAUCAAUUCAAAGCAGUUUAAGAAUUAGAAACUCUUUAUGAAAAUAAAAUAAUGAUUGAGAAUGAAAAAUAUCUAUAAUUAGAAUAAAUAUUAAUUGAAGAAAGAUAGAAAUUUUAAUAAAACUUGAAAGAAUUAGAAUAUGAUUGUUAAAAAUAAAUUAAAGAGAUUAAAUAGAAAUUUCAAUCUGAUUUAAAAUUGUUAUAUGAUGCAAUCAUUUCAAAUAAAAAUGAUAUUAAAACAUUACAAAAUAAUUAUUAAUCAAUUAUUUAAGAUGAUGAAAUCUAAGAUGAAUAUAUAGAAAAUACUAAAUAACAAUUUAAAUAAAAAAUUGAUGAUUUAUAUAAAGAAAUUUCAUCAAAAGAUAAGUAAUUAAUGAUGUAUAAAUCUGAGAAAUUUAAUUGUAAAGAAAUUGAUGUUGUUUAAUAACAAUUAGAAUUAGAAAUUUUAAAAUAAAAAGAAUCUGAAAAAUUUAUUUAAGAAUUAUAAAGUUAAAAUAAAGAAUUAAUGGAAAAAAUAAAUUUACAUGAAUAAGAAUUAUCACAUUGUAAUGAUUAGAUUAAAUAAUAUUAAAAAUAUAUAGGAGGAUUAUAAAAAUCAAAAUUAGUACUUAGUUUUAAAACAUAUGAAAUGCAAACUGAAAUGGAACCAAAAGAUAAAAAAAUUAGAGAAUUAUUAGAAAGUAUACCAAAAUUAGAAGAUGAAAUUAAUGAAUUAUCAACUAAAUUAAAAUAAUAUGAAGAAAAAGAUAAGAGAAUGAUUAAUUAAAUGAAAGUUAUGAAUGAAGAUAUUGAUAAAUUAAAAUAGAAUUGUAAAAAAUAUUAAGAUUUAUCAAAAUAAAUUACUAUGGAUAUAUAUAAUUGUUAUCAUGAGAAAAAAGAAAAAGUAUACUUAUCUAUUAAUUUAGGAAUGGGUAGAUUUUAUGAAAUAAAUGUACCAAAAAUAUAUAAGUAAAAAUGAAAAGAAUGAUAUUAGAAAUCCAGAAAAUAUUACUGAAUAAGAUAAAAAAACAGAAAUAGCCAUCAAAUUAUUUAUCAAAGAUAUUACUUCAAUGAUUCAUGAAUUUAGAGAAACUGUAUUCAAUUUAUAUAUAUAUAAAUUUAGGAUUGGCCUUAAUAAUUAAAAUAAUUAUAUCAAAAACAUUUUACAGGGGAAAUAACUAAUGAAUUAUGCAGACAAAAUCAAUUCUUAGUAAAAUCUUCCUAAGAAAAUGAUAAAAAAUUUAAAAAACUAUUAUUAUGGAGAGAUUAAGAAAUCUAUUUAAAAACUUAAGAAAAUAUGCAUCUUUUAACACAUUUGAAUUAAGUUCUAGAAAGAAAAAAGAGUUUGGAAACAAAAUUAGCUAAAUAGAUAUCAUAGUACGAAUCAUUACUGAAAACAUAAACGAGAGCUAAUUCUAUGUAAUAGUAUGAACAAAGACGAAGAAGUCAUUAAUAAGAAGUACAUUUUUGAGUUUAUACAAGAAAGAAUAGUGCAAUUUUAUAAGAUGAAGCCAAUCUGUAACCACUAAAUUAAUCUGUUGAUUUAGUAAAUGGGUAUAUCACAAAUAGAUUUCCAAAAAAGGGUAAAAUAAUAAAGGGAUAAAAUUAUAAUAAAUAAAAUUUGUCGAGAUUUGAAUAACAUCGUCAAUCAGAUUUAGUUACUUAAAUAGAAAUAUUAUAAACAAAAAAUUAAUUAUUGGAACAAUAAAUUAAAACUUUGAAGUUUAAAUUGAUUGAAGCUGGCAUUGAUGAAGAAGUAACAUAAACAAACACUUAAAGACCAUACAGUUAAAAAGUUAAAAGAACUUGA